AUGAUUCCACACAGGAGUACAGCGCUUCUAUCGGUGAUUGUGUUCGUCGCGUUAUUACUUUUCAUCUUUUCCUCCUCUCCGGUACCUGAAGUUGAAGGUGAAGAAUCGGCAGGUCCGGCCAAGUUCGUGCCCAGACCCAAGCUAUCGUCUCUAGCCAAUUUCCACCUGCCAUCCUUCCGCCCUCCCUCCCACGAACAGCCCGAAGAACAGAAGAACAGUACCCACGGCGAGUCGAAAUGCGAACGUCGGCCGAUCUACACCUAUUACAAUGCGAAAUACAACCCCAACAAGGCCAAUGGCAAAGACCUGAAGGAGCUGCAGAGUGCCGACGCUGAGCUCCUUCUCGCAUGGCGUCGGGCUUGGUAUGCACAGGGCUUCAAACCCGUCGUGCUGACCCCCGGAGACGCCAUGUUGAACCCGAACUACGAGGUCGUGCAGAAGUUGAAGCUCUCUCCUAAGACGGAGAAUGAGGUGUUCGGAUGGUUGGCGUGGGGACACAUGGGCACUGGCUUGCUUUCAGACUUCCACUGCUUCCCAAUGGCCCGCUACGAUGACGACAUGCUGUCCUAUCUUCGCCGCGGAAGCGUGCCAGAGUCAAUCACCCGUUUCGAGAACCUCAAGAAUGCCCUCUAUGCGGGAGAAAAGACAAAAAUCGAUGCGGUGAUCCAGAGCGCAGUCUUGAAACUCGAGGACAAGACCACCUCUUUCGUGGAUCUGAUGGACGCGGAGUUGUUCAAGGUCGAGUCGCCGAGUGCGCUGGCCUUCUACAAGUCUGCUGCCGUGACUUCCCACUACCCACUCGUGCACGAGAAGAUGGGCCAGAACCCCGCGGCUGGACAGCGCGCUCUGGUCCAACUGAUCAACGCCCACUUGCACAACCACUUCCAGACCUCAUUCCCCGCUGGGUUAGCUGUCUUGAAGCCGUUCCCCCAACAUACCACGGCGUUGGUGGAGCCUGCCCUCCGACUGGCCAAGGCGCUCAUCCAGUGCCCUGAGUCUCCCAUCGCCAACUCUUGUCCACCCAAUGAACCGGAAUGUCGCCCCUGUGGCUCUGCCAAAUCACCUAUGCGGAUCAGCCAACCCUCCUCGUUCAAGAACACCACUUUCCUCUUCACCAUCGGCACUCUCCCCCAUCCAUACACCCUUGUCAGUCUCCAGAAGAACUCCGAGGAAGUCACUACGCCUCAGAUUCGCCGGGAGACCGAGCGCGACGCAUGGCUCUCCGAAGUGACCAAGGAUCACCUUGGUCCGGAACUGGGAUCUGCAUACCGCGGAGUGAUCUUCAAGCAGGUCGUCGCAGCCCAAAAUGCCGUUGGCACCUCCCUGUGGAUGACCGUAGAGUCACUCCCCGCCGCAGCAGGCCAAACCCUCCCCUCUGAACUACUGGAUGAGUUUGAGUGGCAGUUCGGAUUCAAGAUUCCUCGCGGAGGCAAGAUCGAUCCCGCGACUGAAAACGACAAGGACUCCGCGAAGAGCGCGCAGGACCGCACGCCGAGCGAACAGGGCGUUGGAAAGGAGUACGAGCUGAUUCAAAAGGCCCGCGAGGUCAUUAAGAACAAGGAGACGAACCGCAUCAACAUCAAGGAUGUUGUCGAGGCUUGGAGUCUCGCUGAUACUGAAGUUUGGCGGUUUGUCAAGGCCUACCGCGCCCGAAGCGUCGUGGAGCGCCAGAAGUGGGAGGAAGAAGAGAAGCCAUUUGCAGGCUCACGAUCAUAG